AUGGCUAUUCCGACAUCUAGAGUGUUGAUAAACGACCUCGAAAACAAAGAAGAUUUGUAUAUGGUCAUACUCGAAGAGUUACGCAGGGGUGGAAUCAAGUACCGCAAAGAAAAAAAUUCCAAAGCGUCCCAGGAAAAAUCAAAAUGUAAACGAAUCUUUAAGACACCGUUGCACGCGCUAGAACUAACCGACGUGUUGCUGGCGAAUGGGGGAAUUGUGCAGAUUCCUUUGUUUGUGUCGAAUGCCUGCCAAUUUAUUUUGGAGAACGUCGAUACAGAAGGAUUGUUUCGAAAAGCUGGCUCUACAAAAAGACAACAGCAAAUCAAGAUGGCUUUAGAAUCUGGUAUACCGUUGGGAAAGUCUCACCAUGUGAUUGACGUUGCCAACAUAAUUAAAACGUUUUUCCGAGAUCUGCCCGAAGCGCUUUUGCCAUGCGGAAAUGUACAAGAGGCUCUUAUUCGUUGUUUGCUCGGAGGGAGUGACGAUCGUGUGCACAAGUUGAUGAUGACUUGCCUUCUGUUGCCUCCCUUAACACUUAAUACGCUGGCAUACUUCAUGCAAUUCCUGCAUACCGUUUCCAAACAUGCGGAUCAAAACAAAAUGACUGUGGAAAAUCUGGCCAUUAUUCUAACUCCGAGCGUUAUGCCCAUUACGGAAACGAUACAGCAGCGCUUCAACAGCCAUGUUAAGGUGAUGCACUUGCUAAUAGAACAUUCCCAGCAGAUAGGUCUCAUCCCGGAGAGUAUUUUGUGCCAGCUGAAAGAUGACACGACUGUGGGCAACGUGAGCAUACUGGCGGGAAGUGUUGCGGAAAAAAGGAAAAAAAAGCGACGCAGCGGAUCCUUGACGCGUAUGUUUAACGGAUUCAAAAAGAUGGUCAGCGCCAUCGGAUCAUCAGAGAAUCUGGACAAAACCGAUGAAAAGUGUGACAACGAGGGAGCCUUAGCCAUUGGUACCCCGUGCUUAAGCAAAUCUGCAAAAAAGCGUAAAGUGACGGAGGGUAUUGCGUUUAGUGCUAAGAAAAAAAAGGAAGUGACUGCAUUUUUGCCGGAUAGGCAAGACCUGCUACCUUGCACACCGAUAAUGGCCAUGAAGGAGCCUAAAAAAAGCCGAUUGAGCUUAGGUGGAGGUAAAAAAUCCAGCAAAGGUGUGCAUCGAUUACUACCGACCGGGUCAAUACCGUCAAUUGCCGAAGGGAAGCCAAUGGAACGGCGUUGGAGCGUUGUCGGGGCCCCAUGGGGACGAAAAAAGCAGAAUCGUUCCAAACAUCAGGCGGAAAGUAAAGUAGACGAAGUAACGGACGGUAAGGCUGAAGAUGAAUUUGAGGAGCAAUCAGUGGUCCGGAACUCAUUACUACUUGCCGGAGGUCGUAUGUCUCCUGUUGUGUCGAUGCCUUGUCUUGUUAGUGCGGAGGCACUUUCCACAUCCGUCGAUAUGACCAACAUCGAUCCAAAGUCUGCAACAGAGGAUAAAGAUAUGGCGCACGACGACGAUUUUCUCAAGAUUCCUCGUAGUGAAUAUGAGGCGAUCAAGAAACGUAUGUCGGACAUCGAAUCGAAAAUUUCCAAUGAAUUCACAGCACUAGUGGGCCGAGAGGAUGUCCUGCUUGAUAAUGUAGAAGACAAGUACCGACAAACACUGGAGCAAACCGAACCCAUCGAGGCGACUUGUGCGACGACUGACCAUUUGGCAAAAAGGCUUAGUCGCGAGCUCAAAAUUCGCCAAAGUGGAGAGCACAAGGUGAUGCGUUCGCCUAGUGCAAGAAAAAUUGGUACAAUUCGUAGACGCAGCCGGGAAGCAGUGCGAUUGUCACGCAAUCAAUCUUGGCAUAUAGGAAGCAGCAACAACAGUCGAGAGGUGCCGUUGUCGGCCAUAAAUGGAACGGUGGAUCUAUCAUUUUAUCCCAAGCCCGGCAUUUUGAAACGUGGCCGACCAAAUACUGUUCAGAGUGGAUUAAAGGCACCGGAAGCAACGUCUGCAGUGCCCGCAUCUUCGGAGGAACGGUCGGUUCCCACGGGUGACGAAAAGUUAGUAAAAACGCCUCAAAACGGCAACAACUAUACUGAUGAAGAAAAAGAAGAGAAAUGGAUAAAUGCGGAAAGUUACUUUGAGACUCACAACGUCGCGGAGGAUUCCAGCACUAGCAUGAUGGAAACAACUGCCGAAUUUCUGACUCCCUGCAAGGUUCUAGCGGCAGAUUAUUUCAAAACUCCCGAGAAUAGCUCCAGGAGAGUGUCGUUACGCUCCGCCACGAAAGCUCAGCUGCAAUCACAACCAUAUUGUACGCUUUCUCCAUUCGUGACCAGAAUUGAUAUCAACUCCCAAGGUGUUAAAACCCCUAUGCUUCCACCGGUCAUACCGCCGCGAACCAAGACUCCUGCCCGGACGCCCAAAUUGCCACCCCGCACACCGACCAGUGCGAUCAGACAACCGGAAUCGGCAAGCUUGCUUAAAUCCCACAUUACUCCUCUGCAGCAGGACGCCCAAAGCGGUCGAGCUUCAAUCGCGCGCAUCCGUAGUCAAAAUGCGGGUAUGGUGAUGGCAAAGGCUAAGCUGUUCGACGGGCUUGUAACUAAUGCGGGACUUGAUCAGCAGUCAGCGGUGGGAGGAAGCGGUUCGUCGAAACGUACUGCAGCCUCUUCAGCUGCUUUAGUGGUGAAUCGUAGUCAGAGUGCAAAACAUCGUUCAGCAGCAGUUGGAUCAUCUUCCACCAGAGAUGUUGAUACUCCCCGCGAAUCUUCGUUGCACAUACGCCAGAUACAAAAGCUGCGAUCGUCUUCGGCACAUUCCGUUAAUGCGCACCGUAGCCCUAGAAAGUUGACGCCUAGAAAGCGUGCUUUCACCAAAACGACGCAAAAUGGUGGAAUUAAUCGGCGUGAAAAGCUACGACACGCGUCCAAGGGCGUUACGUGUAGUGUGCCUUCCAUGACAUCUGUUUCAUCGAAUGAUUUACUAAGUUCUCCGCGUAUUUUACGCCGGUUGCAGGAAAAUGUACAGGAGCAUCUUAACGCUGGAAACGGAAACAUUGUUUGUCUUUCUCCAAACAUGAAUCGCUCGAGUUCGAUGUCGACACCGCAUAUUCGUAAGCAAUUGCUCCGAAACUCGCCCCGGCGUAUACUGGCGACAACACCCGGUCGGGACAAUCGCUUGCCGCAUGGUGGUGGUGGUGGCGAACGAUAUCAAACGCCAAUGAAGGCGACUCCACUAUCCCGCUAUGCGCUCUGCACUACACCUGGUUUUGAAAAUAGUCCUGAAAGAACACCUCACACCCGUACAACAAACGUUCGUUAG